AUGGCGGAGCUGAGACAGAUAAAGCCUGACCUUGCUGACUAUUUGGAAGAAGCCGAUGUCUCUCUUUGGUCCCGAGUUCAUUUUGUUGGAGACAGAUACAAUAUUAAGACUAGCAAUGUUGCAGAGUCUAUAAAUGCUGCACUUAAGAAGGCCCGUGGCUAUCCCAUUUCAUUCCUCUUGGAUUUCAUACGAGAGAAACUCGGUCGGUGGUUUUUAAAACGCAGAGAGGAUGCUUUGAGUCUCACAACACAUAAUACUCGGGGAGUGGAGUAUUUGCUGCCGAUUCGUGGACAUUAUGCAGAUGCAAUGGAGGUGGACCGAAUUGACACUUGGAGAUACUAUGUGAAAGGAGGAACCAGGAAUUGUAUUUUUGAUUUGGAACAUGGAAUGUGUGAAUGUGGUUUGUUUUAUAUCGAGAAGAUCCCAUGUUCAAAUGCUAUUGCAGCUUCAUUAGCCGGUGGGAUAGCUGUGGAUUCCCUUGUAUGUCCGACUUACUCAAAAAACUACUUGUUUGCCGCAUACUCUGCCAACAUAUAUCCCCAAAUUUCAGAGGUCCAAAGAGGCCCAACAUCAAUAUGUCUGACCCAGACAUUCGCCGUGCACCAGGCAGACGGAAGAAGUCUCGGUGGCAAUCAUGGCUAG